AUGUCAACCUGGCGAGAGAUUUUUGCCAGUUUGGCCAUUCUUACAGGGGUGCAGGCCACCCUUGAUGGACCAAGACUAGAGCCACCGGAUCCGAUCGUCAGAGAUGGAGACACUAUCAAGUUCUGGGGAUCCAACCUGGAAUUACUUGGAGAAUACAACAUGGACAUGCAAUUUGUUUUGCAUGAAAGUGUCGAAAUCAUUUUCCAACCCGUUGAAGAGAGCUUUGACGAUCCACCAACUUGUACCGACCUAUCAAUCGAAGAAACUGACCCGUUUUACCCUCAGCGAGAAGCACUCGACUACCCCUACUUUCUUCAAUGUACAGCGACAGGAAUCAAAGAAGGCCAAGAAUAUGACCUUCGAAUCCUUUACGAUAUCCCUGGUGUGCCAGCCUACGAGCCUUGCGAAGUUGAUCCUGCAGAAGAUCUUGAUCCGAUGCUCCAAAUAGACGAGGACUGGAUGAUGGCACCUCAAGGUAACACUGGAGUCUCGACCUGCUAUUCAAUCAGAGGCAUCGAAGCCGAAGAGCUUACACGAGAAGAGCUUCUGGCAGAGAUUCGUUCAAAAAACGCAGAUGAGGGAGCUAGAGAACGUCGAUCUGGCUCCCCAAGUAUCUCGUCCAUCGUACCUAGCAGCGGUUCAAUCCUCGGGCAGCAACUCAUCACCAUUGUUGGUCACAAUCUUGCUUCUAACAAGCUCAAUAUUCCCGGUGCCAACCCUGACGAAAGCUCCCCAGAUGGAGACGACUACGUUGUCUGGUUUGAGAAGGCUGGCGAAACGCCAAAAUUCUGCGUCUUCGACAGACAGUUGACUCUUCUAGCCCGUCACGUUGGGAAUCACGAGUUCAUUCUUUGCCGUACGCCAGCUGUGCAUCGAGAGGGAUGGUGGAGAAUGAAACUCAUUAUUGACGGUGGAGAAACUAUAACUGGACCUCAAAUGAGAUUCGAGGUCAAUUACGGACCGACAAUUACCUGGGCUACUCCAUACCUUUCUUCGCCAGCGGCGCAUCCAGAUGAGGAAUACCUCGAGGAACGAACCUUCUGGUCGAUGUGGAUAGAUCUUGACACAAAUAACAACGGGGACGAAGAUGAACGAUUUUAUAGGCAUCACAGAGAUAGAAAACUUUACUUAGCUCCAGCUUGCCGCUCACCUAUCGACUGGGAAGUUUUCGACAAAAACAACAACCAAACAUUUGUCCAGUCAGUCAACUUCAACUCGGACGGGCUUCCGCGUGCACAGACGUUCAACCUCAAAGAGGGUUUCGAUUGCACUGACAGCGCGCAAACAGAGACAUUAAGUGAAAUCGCUAUGUGCCCAGAUGUUAAAAUCCGAUACCUUUGCUCCGAAAAUGCUAUUGACUUCCAAGGACGACUCUACACGGUGAAUUUCAAUGCAGUCGACGAUGGAAACGAUGAGGAUCCCAACAGAAUGUUUUUCCAGCCCCGAUUCAUCUCUGAAGACGGUCUCAAUAUGGGUGAAUGUGAGAUCUCAAUUAAGAAAGACGAAUCAUCAGAAAUCGAGCUCUUCCGGCAGAUUACAAGUGGCAAUAACGGUAUUCUCCGAUGCCUCGCAAGAGUUGAAGAGCCGGGCCAGUACAACUUUACCUACACAACACAAAAUGAGGGAGCAUCUGUGAACUCUAGAAACUUCAAUAACGUGCUUGGGAACGCAAAUCUUGAUCCUUUUAACUUCGAAAUCUAUCCAAUGAUUCGCUCGGUUCAUCCAAACAUCGGCUCAGCUGAAGGUGGCACCGUGAUAACAAUCACUGGAACUGGAUUUUCGAGCACGCUUGGUGAGACAGCCGUUGAACUUGGUGGAAAAUCGUGUAAAAUUUUGACGCAUUCUGCUACGGAGAUUACCUGCGUGACAAGUAAAGUGGAGUCCCAUAAGCGAAAAUUCAACUGGAGCCCGAUGCCAGAUGGAACCAACGAUUGCCCAGGAAAUGACAUUUUUGGUUAUCACUACACUCCUAAUCAGAUGUUUUGCCGAGCGCACUGUGAGGAAGAAGGAGGUUGUAGCCAUUAUAUUUACGAUCCUGUUGAUGGAAGAUGUUGGCUCAAAAGAAACACCCCCACAUGCGGAUAUUACGGAGGAAAAGAUCAUCUCGUCGGCGAAAUCGCGCUUGACAUGGAGAGUACAAAUGCAAUUAAAACGACGCGAUGCAGAUGGGGAAAGGGAGCCGGCUAUCAGGGUACCCUUGCUGUCGACAAAAACGGAGAUGCCUGUCAACCAGGCACUUAUUGUAGAAAUGAGGAUGGUCUCUAUGCUCUCCCAAGCUGCAAUUCAACUGCUUCAAACACCAUCGUCGAGUGCCAGAUUAUAAAUUGCGAGCGAGUUGGAGAAUAUCCCGGUAGUCGAGGAUCAACUGUUAGAUACGUACCUGAUCAAAACGCAUAUACGUACGGACAUGGCGCUUUCAAUCGCGAGUUUGAACCAGCAAAUUUUGAAAUAAUCGAUUCUUCGUAUUUUUCGGGCUCCGAAAAAUGGAAAUGGACCGGUCAAUUUAAUCGAGAAGGCUAUUCAGCAAGAAAUCAAUUCUACUUUGAAGUCCCUCAGACUGGCUGGUACAGAAUUAUCUUCUCACAUGAUGAUGAUGCUCAAUUAUUGAGAAUCAAUGAAGACGGGUCCUACGAAACUCUUUACCAUUACGGCGCCUGGAGUGAUCUUUUCAACUAUGCCGCUCGAGGACACAACCAGCAAACGAAAGACUUGUACUUGGAAAAAGGAAGUAAACAAUUGUUCGAAUACAACUUCAGAGAAGGUUGGGGUGGCGAUCAUGCUUCAAUGGGUUUGCAAUGGCUUGGUGACUUCAAGAACGGGCGAUAUGAAGAUGAUACUCAAACAAGACUUGGUUACUUCAAGGCGCAUUCUCGACGCGGUUACAGAACAACGGGGACGUCUCAAAGCCACAACAUCAUUUUCAAGAUGAACUACACAGGACUUGACUGGGAAGGAGAAACACCUAUUCCCGAAGAACGAAUUCUUAAAGCUCCUAUCUAUAGACUCAUGUAUUGCGGUGAUAAUGUCAAUGGCUCUCCAAACUGCAGAAUAACUAGAAACAUGGCGACAGCUCUUUGGCAGUUCAACAACAAUGCUGAUCGAGAAAAAAGAAUCGAGGCCGUGAUGAGAACGGACAUUUUCAGAAACAAAAUUCAGUACACUGCGAAUCCACCAACAGGAGAAGAAGGCUACUGGAAUUCGAUCCAUCAGUACACUGGAUAUGAGGAUAACUCGAUUUGGCCAGGAAGUAAUCACCACAAAAUGGAAUACGGUCAGUUCAGUGGAGCUAAGGCAUUCAGAACAAAACCAGGUUACCACGUUUACAACUACGGCAAGGGCUACUUACAGUAUAAUGGAGAUGAUGAAGUACAACAAAGGAGAACUAUAAAGCACUGGUGCACUGCCGUAAAGGGUGGCGUUUCCUUUUUGCAGGCGAAAAUCAGGUUCAACUGGUAUAACGCACAGGGAGAACACAGGCUACACGAUCACUGGUGGUGGUUGGCUAAUGACGAGAACACUGCAUCACAGUAUACUUCUCCUAACGACGGUAGAGACUGGGGAUACCACUGUUUCAACUUAGUUGACAUUCUCGAUACACAAGCUGCAAAUGUAGGAAUCAGUAUUGAUUGGAUGAAUGAUGUCUGGCUGACAGAAAUGAAGAUGUGGGCUCGCCAUGAUGACCGAAACGACCCGGAUCCUGAUCGAAGGUGGAGAUUCGAAAAUACAGUUUUCGACGAAACUGUUUUCGGCGAUUACGGCUUCGAGAGGCCUGAAGCACAUAUCAUCGAACAUGCUGUCACUGUCAAUGGAAAAGUCAUUUAUAAUGUUGACGCGAAAGUUACAAAAAGCGGGGAUCACAACGUUGUUCUUACUUAUUCUGCAACAAACGUAGAUGCCUGUAGCUUCAGCGUUCCUUUGCCAAUGGUUGUUGAGCCCGAUCCAACAGAGCUCUAUGAGCAGGGACUAGACGGAGUAGACCAUGUUGGUAAUGGUAAAAAUCAAACUAUGGAAUUCAUCACCGAAACUGAAUAUGAAAUGCUUGGAGAACAUCCCGCUGAUAUUGCAGACUACAAAGUUCAGCUAGGAAGAGAAGGUUCCUAUCUCAACAAAGCAGUCGUUGAUAUCAAAUAUUCUGGAUAUUACUACCGCUGGGAUACCCCGAUCGACGGAACUCGCAUGAGAUACGAUGCCUACGCAGUUGAACGAACUGUAAACAGUGACAACGUUGCUCCUCAUGUGACAACUACAGUCAGUUUCGGCAUUGACGAUGAAGACCAGACGUACUCUUUCACACAUUCUACUUCUCAUUCGACUGUUCAAUCUGAAAUGCGCAGCCGUUGGCCCCAUCUUCAAAAAAUGAACUUGCAAGUAAGCAGACACGGUGACUGCAAAAAUGGCUAUUACUACGACUUCAAAGGUCAUAAUAGAGGCAAUAUUGGUCAGUUGAUGGCGGAGCAUUCAAUUUCAGACGAAUUUGUUGAGCGUAAUCCAGAUGUAGCAGCAGCGUUUUACAAGGUCAAGAAUGAUUUCUGGCAGGGCGGUCCUUACCAAGCCAUUAUUCCUGGUUCAAUGAUGUCUAUUCCAAAGAUCCUUCCAGAAGUAGUCGUCAUCACCAAUCGACAAAGAUCUAAAUGCGGUGCUCACUUUCGUCAAGAAAUGACACCCCUUACGUGGACAGAUAAUAUGCUUUAUGGUUGUUCUUUCACUUAUUCUGACGAUCACACUCCAGUUGUCUACGACUCGUCAGUUGGAGAAGAAGAUAUCAUCGCGGAAGGAGACGUCAUUACUGUCGAUGUUACUUUCCCAGGAGCAACUUCAGUAUCCGAUGAUAGCUUCGUUGAAAUUGGCGGAACCAAAUGCGAAAUCAUAGCCCACGAAGAUGUCCUUAUUGGACCGGUCAAUGGCACAUUCCUGGCAACAAGAUUAACGGUCACUGUUGGCGCUGUCCCAGCUGGAGAAAAACUUUUGACCUUUAGUGAUCCGUCUUUUGGAACAGCGAAAUCCGAUAUCAAAGUCCAUUCAGGUCUGACUAUCGACUCAUAUACACCAGAAACUGGUUCGAUCUACGGUGGCUCUAUAGUUACUGUAACCGGAAAGGGAUUCGAGGAUGGUCUUGUUGUUCAAGUCUUUGAUACUCUUCAAGACUGUAUCGCCAUUGAAGGUGAAGUUACUUACAGUGAAAUGAAAUGUGUAACGCAACCUGCGAAUGAUUCCAGCAGUAGAAAACGGCGCCAGGUUGUGGAUGAAUCAACUCCAACAAUCUCAGGAAUGUCGAGGACGAAAAUUUCGGUUAUUGGUGGCGACAUCAUCACAAUUACCGGCUCCAACUUCGGUUCAACAAUGGAAGGUUCUAGCGUUGAUGUGCAAGGCCUCUUCGCUGAAACCGAGUGCGUUCCCGAUCCGAAAUACGUACAACGAGGUUGUUUGGGAUACAGAACAGCAAAUUCUGGCGAUUGGACUAUCACCAGUUGGUCAAACACAGAAAUCGUCGCCGUCACCGCCAUGCUCGAUCAAGGUGCUUAUGAGCUUCAAAUCACAUCUGCAGACAACGGCUUCUCAAACAAGUUCAACUUCGAUUACGCAGUCGAGAUUACUGGGGUCUCCCCGCGGUAUUCAUCCCUUGUUGGCGGUAGAAUGAUAACAAUUUCCGGUUUCGGUUUUGCAACCGACAACAUAAUCCCGAAUCGCAAGCUCAAUGCUGACACAACUAUCGAAGUAUUUGCUGUUGGUGGUCUUUCUGGAAUGUGGCGAAAUCGAUGCCAUGUCAAAGAAGUCUCUAAAACAGAGAUUGUCUGCGAGACAGGAUAUGCAAUCAACGAGCCAAUCUUGAUGAGCACAGGAGAAAAUUUCCCAAACAUAACAAUCAAAGCAGGCGAAGCUAUUCGAUUCAAAUGGUCGUUCACUGUCGAUGGUAAAGCACCAAAUAUGCAAUUCCAGGAGUGCGACGAGCCAAACUGCGAAGAAGCUUCAUCAGAUGAUAAAAUCUGGGGUCCUAAAAUCGUAGAGUCAACUGGCGACUUUGUUCGCCUUUUCCAGACACCUGGCACCUACUACUACUCUACUGGAUAUAUCGACCAGGCUUUCAGCGCCUGGUUAAAUGGUAUGAUCAUUGUUGAAGAAGCAGAAGAGCGGCCAGAAUGGCUUGAAGUUAUUGUCACAGACAGUUUCUCUGAUCGACAAUGGGGCGGAGUUAACGAAAAAUGGCCACAUAUUGCUGCGCACGUGGGCACCCCACCUGCUUUAGAUGGCUCUGAUGAUGGUGCCUCUGAACUUGGAUCUUGCACAGCAACGACAACUAAUACCGCUGCACCUUUUGAAGGGGCAUUGGAGAAACACUCAGUCAUUUAUUCUUGGGCUUUUACGCCCGUUGCAGACAACUGGGUCGCUAACGGUGAUUUAACACCAUUUAUGGAGGCGAAUUUAACGAUUUCCAACUUCGAAGUAUCCGGAGAUUGCUCCGCGCAAACUCAAUUUGCUGCAGUUGAACGAUAUGGUCCUGAAAUCCGUCCUAAGAAUUAUUUCUACAAAGGAUCUGAUGGCAUUAGCGGUACAUACACCAUCGAUCAUGACAAUAUGAUGGACCCGUUGAUGGAGUACGAAUUUGAUUUCGUUCUCGCUGGCCGCGGAAGAGCUUACUACAACAGUUACGAUGGUUCUGCUAAAUUCAAAAUCAAGCCUGUUUCAACUGGUGUAAGCACUACUUCAGUUGGUGUCAAGGGAGGAUGGGAAUUGAAAAUUACUGGUGCAGGAUUUAUUGCCCCAGACAAAGAUCUUCUUGAAAGCGAUGAUGUUAUUUCAAUCGAUACGGAAAUUCAUCUCGGUAAAGAACCUGCUUAUCGCUGUGAAAUCUCAUCACUUAGCUACACUGAAAUCGUUUGUAAAGCUCCGGAAAUGUGGAGAGGAAUCGCAGAUCGACAGGAAAAUUUGAACAUCUUCUUCCGACACGACAACGACUUCUACAACGUUGACAACUCAUUCGAUAUCAAUCAAGUUCCAGUUUCUGCGAAUUUCGCUGCAACUCCUCAAAUCAAUUCAGUCCAGCCCGAAUCUGGAAUCAGCCAUGAUACUGCUCAAAUUACCUUCAAUGGUGUAAAUUUGGACGGUGCUCAAAUUGUUGUUGAUGGCCAAACACUGACGGGAUGCGCAGGAGAUAGCACUUCCCAAACGUGCGACGCUCCCACCCUCGCUGCUGGAUCAUACGCAGUGAGUGGAACUGCUGAUAGCGGAAUCAUCUACGUGGCACCACUUGUCAGCGUAAAUGCUCUCUUUGUUGCUGAAUCGAUCACUCCAACUUCUGGAUCAGUAAAUGGUGGCCAACACGUCACUAUCUCUGGAUACGGUUGGUCUGAAGAUAUUUCCAUUACUGUGACACAGAACGGUGGCAUUAUUUGCUCUCGAUGUCCAAUUACUUCUAUUGGCGAAGAUGUCGUUGUUUCAAUGCCUUCCGGUAAAAGUACUGGCCUCGCUGCCAUUGAGAUCAAACAUGAGUUCAUCAAACACGAUUCCUUCAAAUUCGAUUUCACUUUUGUCGACAUUGGCGGCGCAAGUCCCACAACAACGUCUGAUGUAAGUGCUCUUUCUGCCGGGGAUUCUGUGACUCUUGAUUUGCCUGCUGGAACUUGCUCUAACUCACUUCGAGUUGAUCUAGUGCUGAAUAUGAGCCCAUGUGCUGAAGGAGCUCACAACUGUCAUUAUGCUGCUGAAUGCACUCCCAAUGCCGACGGAAUUCAAUACACCUGCGCUUGUCAAGGGAUUUACCGCGGUGAUGGCUUUUCUUGCUCCAAGUUCAAUAUCAAAAAUGCGCAAGAGCUCACUACAGUAUCAGAAAGUACCUGCUACAAUACUGGAAACAAUUUUGUUUGGAAUCUUGCGAAAUUCGAGUCUUUGGAAGAGGUCACAAAUGUUCUUUCUACCGAAGCUGGCAAUAUUUUCUUGAACAUAAAAUACUCGACAAGUGACAACUUGCUCAAACACGACUUAGAUGGAUCUGCUGUCGCCUGGGCUGAUCAAGUUACCCUUCCAUCUGAAGACUCCUGUCUUGUCUAUCAUGUUGGCUCGGGAGAGCUUAGCUUCGUUGCUUGCUCAAACACUCAUCAAGUUGCAUGCGAGUCGUACGAUGAAGAAGAUUGCUUCUCUGACCAAGGCCAGUACUACAGAGGAGAUCUCGAUCAUUCGGAAGGGUUUACUUGUGUAAAUUGGGCCGAUGUGCCAUCAAUUCCCGGAACAACCACUGAAGCCAAUAUGGAUCUCAACGGAAAUUCAUGCCGUAAUCCUGACAAGAGAAUUCAAGGACCAUUUUGUUACAUUUCAACAGAAAUCGAUGAAGGGGAAAGCGAACCUUCUUGGAUUCAAUGCUCCGUUCCUAACUGCGCUAUGAAAAGUCAGAAAGUUUGCCAUGUUGUCACUGAAAGUGGUGCAAUAAUUGGCCGAACUCACGAUUCGUACAUUCUUGCGCCUAAUAAUGAUAAAUUUUAUGACAACAGAAAAAAUAUUCAAACUGGAUUCGCUGAAUUCGACGAUGGCUUUGCCAUUUUCAAGUUUUUGAAUGACAAAAAUCCGGAUAGCAAUCACGAAUGCUGGGAAAUUAAGAGUGGUGACGCAAGUGAUGGCGAUCGCCCAGUUAUUGCUAGGAUUCAAGGUCAAUUGCUGACUGGACUUUUGUAUGACGAGGACACUAUCUCCGGAAUGACUUUUGAUCUUCAGUGCGGCAAUCAAGGCGACCACAGAGAAGCAAAGGUUAAUCCCGUCGAGAUUUUCCACGAGCUCUCUGGUACAUGUUCUGGUGACUCUUUGGCCGUCACAAUGCCCGCAGUUGCCUCUGGUUCUUACAGUCUUCGAGUCAGAGAUUCAACAAACGGAUAUUUCUCUGGGAAAGUGGAUGUGGCAUUCUCUCUCGCUCUUGAUUCGGUCUCACCAGCGUCUAUCGGUCAGUCUGGUGGACAACCAAUCACUCUUUCUGGCGCCGGCUUCAGUGCAGAAUCUUCUGUUGUUACCGUCGAUGGUAUUCAAUGUGUCGUACAAACAGUCAAUGCUGAAGGAACUGAGUUGACAUGCAUCUUUGAAGACCUCAGCCAUAUCACGGAAUCAGCUGCUGUUGUUGUUCAAGUUUCAGUUUCAGAUAUGUCAACUGGUUCUACUCUGACUGCAGAAUCAAGCGUUUUUGUUGACAUCACCUUAACUCCUCUCAUCACAGGUUUCAGUCCAACAAGAGGCGGUUCAGCUGGAGGCACUAGAAUAACAUUCACUGGAUCAAACUUAGACGCAGGAGACGAUGCCAUUGUCUCAAUUCACGGCGUUGUCUGUAUCACUCUUUCAAGGACAAGUUCAGAGCUUAUCUGCGAAACAGAACCGUACAGUGGUCUCAACAUUCCAGUCCAGCCAAAGAUCGAAUUUGUGAAUUUUGGCAACGGUCUCUUCAGCUCCGACGAUCUUGAGUUCUGGUACAUUGAUCGAUGGUCGAGUACAUUCACCUGGGGUUGCACUGAUGGCAGUUGCAAGCCAAUGGCAGGAGAUAUCGUUGUUAUUCCAGAAGGAAAAGUCAUUCUCCUGGAUGAGUCGACGCCGAUUCUCGCUGUUCUCAUUGUUGACGGAGGAACUGUUCUCUGGGACCGUGUUCAUGGCAUCGAGCUCAGCACCGAAUAUGCCGUUGUGACAAACGGUGGACACUUUGAAAUUGGAAACGAGGAUGAGCCUUUCUGUGAUCCAAGUGGCGAUCGAUCAAUUCCUUUUGAUGCGACAAUUACAAUGUAUGGUCACCAGCGCUCUAUUGAACUCCCAAUCUACGGUGCUAAAGUAUUUGCUGUUCGCCGUGGAACCAUCGACCUCCAUGGUUGUCGCGUUCAUACUUCGUGGACUCACAUGGACGAAACUGCCGAAAUUGGUGACAAUACAAUCAAACUUACUCAUCCCGUCGCAAACGAUUGGGUUGCAGGAGAUCAGAUUAUUAUCGCUACAACUGGUGAUUUGAUGCAUCUCCAUCAUUCAGAAACUGCUUAUAUUUCGGAAGUAAGUGCUGACGGAUAUACACUGACUUUGAAUGACACUCUUCGUUUCCGACAUAUGUCGGAAUGUUCUGACGGAUUUGACUGGGCUGGAACAAUCUGCCAACGGGCUGAAGUUGGUCUUUUGUCAAAGAACGUUCUCUUCCAAGGCAAUCGUAACUUAGACUGGGUCGAAGAACUUGACGAAUGCGAGCUUGGAAUCGGAACCGCUUUCGGAACCCAGACUUGUUUCCAAAAUCGAUUCGGCCACGAGGUCGGCUCCGAUCAGCUAGGUGGACACUUAUUCCUUCAUAUGGUAGACUCUGCCCGAAUCCAGUAUGUUGAAUUCAAUUUCGUUGGACAGGCGUUCCGACUCGGUCGAUACCCGAUUCACUUCCAUAUGACAGGAGAUGUUGGAAAUACCAACACCUACGUCCGCGGUAAUUCUGUUCACGAAACAUUCAACCGAGCCGUCACAAUGCACGGUGUCCACAAUCUUCUUGUAGAAUACAAUGUUGCCUUCAACGUUAUGGGUUUAACCUAUUUCCUCGAAGAUGGCAUCGAAGAAGACAAUAUAGUGCAGUAUAAUUUAGCUGUUAUGACCAAGAAAUCAUCUUCUCUUCUGAAUAUUGAUUCUAUUCCGUCUUCGUUCUGGAUGCCAAAUCCAAACAAUAUUGUUCGACAUAACGCUGUUGCUGGUUCCUCUCACUUUGGUUACUGGUUCAAUUCGCCACAACAUCCUACAGGUCCAUCGGCCACAAAUUCUAUCUGCUGCAAAAACCGACCUCUCGGAGAGUUCUGGAAUAAUACCGUCCAUUCUUCUGGAAAAUACGGUCUUUGGGUAUUUGUCGAUCUAACUCCUACUGGACCAAAUGGUGAUUGUGGGGAGGGAGCUCCAAAAGCACUCAAGAUUGGUGAGAUUCCAGCUAAUGCAACUAUGCCAGAAGGCGUUGAUAGAAACUCUGUCUAUGGCCUCCACACUUGGAACAACGAAAGAGGCGCUGAAAUCACGACCGGUGGUGCUGUCCAAUUCCACAACUUCAUCGCUUCAGAUAAUGCAAUCUCACAGCUUGCAGGAAAAGAAACGUAUCUGAAUUCAUUCGGUGUCUGUCCUGGUGUUGAUUGUCCUGGUAAUGUUCAAGCCUUUGUGCGUUCGAUCGUAAUCGGAAGAAUGAAACAUGAUCCUCAUGUCAAUAACUGUGGAGCUAUGGGAAUCGAAACUCCUUGGGAAGAAUUCGCAUUUACAGUUCACGACAUUCACUUCUUUAACUUCGACGCGCCAGGUCGAGGCGUCUGUACUGCUGUGAACCCAUGCUAUGGAUCCGAUGCAUUCGACUGCGCAGCUACCUGUUGGUACACUGAUGUUCGCUGGACAAACUCGCCUCGAAAAAUAACGACUGACUGGGAGCACGAAUAUGCUAUCCGAGAUAUUGAUGGCUCAUUUACUGAGAAUGGCGGUGAGGAAGUCUACGUCGUCCCUCAAUCGGGUGCUUACGAUCCAAAUCACUGUAGCUCAGUUUGGCCAGGACCUGAUGGAACGAAUGCCAAAUUCGUUGGACGCGGAGUUCAAAUCUGCCCUUACCAAGACGGAGUUUUCAAACCUCACAGAUUCCCAUUUAAUAACGUUUCUCCAUCGAACCUUGAAGGAACAAACACUCAUGCUACCUCACCUUACGGCACUGCUUCUUCUCCUUUCCGUGAUUGCCGACCUCGAGGAAAAGGAUGGAUGAUGCUGCUCAAUCAAGGCCAAGAACAUGUGCUCCAGUGGCAGGGAUAUGAACACGUGACAAAUAUUUCGUAUUCCGCUGACAUGUUCCACUUGGAGCAAAACGACUACUUGCACAUUGCUCAUGAGUUUUACCAGCGCAUCGAUUACACAAAUCUUGGAAUGAAACACGAUGAAAUUCCGACAAUCACGAACGAAACACAUAAUAACCUCGAUUAUCACAUCACAUCCGAUGACGAAUUCAUCUCUACCAAGGAAUAUAAACUCACUUACAUGCUCAGAGGUCUGAAGAAUCCAACAAUGUCAAGCACAAAGGGCAUCUACCCAGCAAAAUAUGAAGUUGAUGGACGAGGUGAUGGAACUCAUGGCAGAAAAACAACUUGGUCAAUGAAAAUGUACAAGUGCUUCUAUCCUCAAUGUAUCAAACCGACAACAACCACCCAACCGCCGACAACAACAACGACGGAAGCAACAAUUGAGUGCGAAAUCGGCACGCCAGGUUGCGAAGACUGGUUCACUGUUUCAGGCUGGGACGGAAAUAAUGAAACGAAUGUCUUCAUCAGCGAGAAGCGAAUUAUCCGAAUGACAAGCAUUCCAGAAGAGCUAAGAGAUCCAGAAAGGCCAAAUGUGUUGAAAGCGACUAAAUUCCUUCUUGAUGGCGAACUGGUCAUCGAAGAUAUCGAGGAGGAUAUUGAAAUUGAAAUCGAAUCAUUUAUUGUCAACUCAGGCAUUUCUGAGACAACUUGGGGCAAAACAAGAAAACGACGAGACUUGGUCGAUAGGUUUACCGGAAAACUUAUCAUCGGAACUGCUGAGAAGCCAAUUCCUUGCGAUAGAACAGUAACUAUCCGUCUGAUGGGAAAUGUUUCUGAAGCAGAAGAGUUCGGAGCGCUUGGAAAUUCAAUUCCGAUCGGUGCAAAAGCACUUGGUGGAUACGGUUCUAUUGAAAUGCAUGGUUGUCCACGUGACAAAACAUGGACUAACCUUGCUACAACAGUUCAGGCUGGGGAGAAUUCAAUCACGCUGAGUGAGGAUGCCGACUGGAAGGUCGGAGAAGAAAUCGCCAUCGCUUCGAGCAACUUCGAUCAAGCAGAGGUCGAGUUCUUCUCAAUUACUGCAAAAGAGGCCCGAACUUACACACUCAACCAGACUAUCCAGUUCAGACACUUCGGUAUCGACACCAAUCUCGAAGAUGCUGAUGGAAAUCACCUUGGCGCUCCAGUUAUGCUUUUGACAAGAAAUAUCAUCCUAGAUGGAAGUGACGGUGCAAAUGGUCAGGUUGGAGGAAGAGUUCUAGUCGCCAGUACCAUCGAGAAAGAUGGAGAUGAUACAAUCUUCCGAUCUGGUUAUGGCCAGUUCAGCUACGUUCAAUUCAAACAAAUGGGUCAAUUUGGCUACAACGAUAAUACCGAUCCAAGAUUCCAGCUCGCGUUUUACAAAAUCGACCCUACUGCUAGUGGCGAUAGAAAGCAAUCAUACGUUCGUGGCUGCUCUUUCUUCCAUGGUUUGGCGACUGCUAUUGGAUCGGGAAUAGGGGUCAACGGUCUUGAGAUGAAGGACAAUGUCAUUGUUGGUGCGCCUGAAGAUGGUAUCCGCGUCCUCGGAGAAGAUGCUGUCAUAGAGAAUAAUGCAAUCGCUUCUAUUUGGGAACGAUCAGCUUGGGCUAACAUCAACGGAGGAAAUUCAGACUUUGAUAGUGCGCAGAUACCAGCCGGUAUUGAUUUCAAGAAUGCUCAACGGUAUACAAUGAAGAACAAUCAUGUUGCCGGUGUAAUGGGCCCCUGCUUCCAUGGUUACGGUCAGACUUGCACUGGCGAUCUCGAGGAAUGCUCAGCUGACGUUUACCCAACUGACCCGAAAGUCGUUGGAAAUAUCGGCAGUGGAUGUCUUGUUGGCUAUUACAUUCUCAAGCAGCCCUUGGGCAGAUGCCAAAAAGUAUCAGGAUUCUUCCUUCACCACACUACUACUGCAGUUUACUUCCAAUCUACUUCUCAACGAUUGGUCGUUUCCGAUAACGUUCUCGUUGAUAAUUCUGUCGCCCUUUACACUGUUCAUGCUGGACCUAAUGCUGAGUCAAAACGAUACGAUCCUAAAGCUUCUGUGACUUACAAAAACAACAUAAUUGUCGGUCGAUCUGAGCAUUGGGAAUGUGGUGUAGAUAAUGAACAUUCGACAAUUCUAGGAUUGAGUGGUGAAUUCGCCCCGGGUACAAGCAGUCCGAAAGAUCAUGCGGCUAUGGUUGGCAGUGACUUUUUGAGUUCUUACAACAAAUUCCCUGGAAAACCAAUGUACAAAGCAUUUGUGAAGACCCCAGCGAUUUACGGACGAACAUGUGUUGUUGCAAACGCUUUUACUAAGUUUGAUGGAAGAUGCGGGGACAAAGAUGUCAUCUUCAGCUCGAACAAGAAAAUGGAAGACUAUUCGCAUCCGACCUAUUUCAAGGAAGGAAACACCUUUGAUAGCAACGUGGCCACACUUAGCAAAGUUGCCAAGUUUUACAGACCAACAACUAGCUUUGUUAACAUUGCCGAUUGUGUUGAUCUGCACUGCGACGGGCACAAGAAGCAAAUGAUCAUCGACGAAACUGGCGAUCUUCUAGGAACACCAGGCUUCCUCCAUUCUGAGUCAGAAUACAAAUGGGAAGGAGUUACUCGAAACGGACAUACUUACACUGACACUCGCCCUGGACUUGGCGAUUACCGACUUCCGAAAACGAUGUUGACGACACUUGACGGCAAAAAGAUUUCUGUGGAAGACUACGCACCUGAAAAGGGAGUUAUUCGUGAUGAAAACUGCGUAUACGAUGCUUCUAUUCCAGCCUGGCACUGUACUGAUUCCCUCAAAAUGAUCAUGAUGAACUAUCAAUUCAUGGAUGUAGAUCACAUGGUCCGUAGAAUAACGCCUCUUGCAGUCAGAUCCGAAACCGGAUAUGUUGACAUUAUCAACGGCCCUGCAGAUCAUUCUUGCUGCAUUGGGUACGCUUGCAUGAUCCGUUUGAGCAGUUUCUGGUCUCAUCACGCUUGCAACCACCACUACGACUACUACUUUACAUCAACGCUUCCGAAGCGAAUGAACUUCCACUUGCCUGACUACAAUAAUCAAAAGUGCAAGAUUUAUAUAACAUUCUACACAAUGAGACCAAACCGAAUGGAUGUCAAACAAGACGGAAUUUAUAUGAUUCCAACCAACGCCCGCUACAUUGGCGACGAAAUCGAAUGGGAACGACCUCGAAGAGAACUUCAUCUUCCUUCUCUUGACGGCAUUAAUAAUGCUGCAGGAACGAAUUUCUUCGAUCGCCAGGAACAAGCGGUUCAUAUGAUUUUCGAAACCGGUCACAUUUACAAUCUUCAGCUGAAAUCGACGCUGAUUCUUGAGUUAGAUGUUAUGACCGAAUUGACCGAAGACGAGUUCUAUGACAAUGGAAAUAUUGCCGUUAAUAUCGCUGCUCUUCUCGGAAUCUCACCCAGUCGAAUCAAGAUCGUUAACGUCAUUCGUGAAACAAAUGAAGAACGACGAAAGCGACGCGAAGCCUCCGGUUUGUAUUACUAUGGCAAUGAGCGACUUCGACGAUCCGACGAUGCAGAAAGCUCAUCCUUGCAGUUUGAAAUUGGCAGCAAUGAUGACAGACCUGAAGAUGGCGAUAACGAGCUCGACGAGGAAGAUUUGGCCAAUGAGAAGGCAGAAGUUGACGCUCUCAACGAAGUCGGCGCCACGCUAGCCAAACAAUCUCUAGCAGACGGAAAUCCACUUGGUGCUGCUGCAGCAUCUGCAAUCGUAGAUCAGGACCCCUCUGUUUCUGUCGGCGAAGUUGCUGUUGGCAUGGCUGACCCACCAACAACAACUGAAGAUCUGCCAGAAUGGUUCGAUGAGGAAAAUCCAGUUGGAGAAAGUAUCAUUCAAAAACUCGGCUUGGACGAAGAGGCAAUCGGCGUAGACGAACCUGGCAGUAUCGACUUUGAUUCUCUGCGAACUCAAAUUUUGGCUGCCUCGGAUGGUGAGAUCGAUUUGGAAACAACUAAGACUGCAGAAGAAGUAGCAAACGAAAAACAAGCCGCUAAGGAUACUGCAGCCGAGCCAAUUGUUUACAAGGUGCCAACAACAAUGGUAAUUGAUGAAGAACCGACCGGAAUUCAAAUCGAACAAGUCGACAUCCAAUCAUUCGUUCUGCACGUGUUAGAUCAGGACGGAGAAAUGAUGACUGUCGUUGGUUUCCCACUCAACCCGGCCACUUGUGUUGUUUCUCUCAAAGACGGAGAAACUGGAGAAAUCAUCGGAGUUGACGAGGUUCCUUUCGAACCUGGAACUGGUUAUGCCACUUUUGACGCCUUCCAAGUAAACGGAACAGACAAAUCAGUCGAAUUCGAGUUCAAUAUUGCCUUCCCUGCUGAUUUUGAUCUGAAUGCAACUGUUCCAGCAGUUUUUUCUUCUGCUCACGAGUUCUUGGCAAUGCCCGAGACAGAUGGAGACGGAACGUGCGAAGUUUUCGAGGGAGAGGGCUUCGACAAGCAGGAGAUUUGGAACGAUGACUGCUCACUCAUUUGCACUUUGCCAUGCAAAGAUGCUGGUGGACUUUUGUCUACCUCGCCAAAGUGCCAGCUCAGAGAUACGACGGAAUGCGGAUCUUAUGGCUCUUGCAACGCUGGAAACGGAUGCGAAUGCGACUUAGCAUCGAUGCCUAGACCAGAUCAGAUCAAUGUCGCUGACCAUAUUAGCUUCUCAUGCGACUCCGAAGGAAUGGUGGUAAAGGUCGACAAAUGCGUCAUGCAUCGAUUCGGUUUCAGACUUGAGCAUUUGGCGAUCAACGGAAUCGACCGCUCCUAUGACGGACCUCUUCAAGGAUCUGGUUUGAACACCUGCGUCGGAAAACUCGAUUACGAGACUGGAACUGAUUACAAAUUUACUAUCUACGGCGGUGAUGCUUGCGGAAUGGAGAAAACAUUCAACGAAACGCAUGUUGUCUACACAAAUGCCGUCUCUGGUAGCUUUGGUCAUAACAUAGGAGGAAUCAAGCGAAAGGUGGAGAUGUAUACCGAGUUUUCAUGUGCUUUCGAAACUUCGAUUCGUGUCUCGGCAGCUGUUGGCAGUGUCGGACGCAGCACAAUCCACAAGGAGCUCAAACGAGAAAUGGGUGUCUUCGACGCAAACUUGAUGCUCUUUACCGAUAUGAGCUUUUCGACGCCAGUGACUGGCACUUACACCGUCGAAGUCCCUAACCAAGUCUUCGUCGGAGCAUUUGUGGCUGAUCUUCACUCGCGAUACGCUUUGGUUCUUAAUACUUGUACUCUUUCUAUUGAAGGGGAAGAUGACAUGACACACGAAGUUAUUUCUAAUUCCUGCGUCAAUCCCGAUGAAACUGGCUUCGUGGAGAUCUACAACAACGGCGACUCCGAUCAAUCUCGAUUCUCCUUCAAAUCCUUCAUGUUUAUCGGAUUCGAAGAUCACGAGCAAACUCUUACUUGCAGCAUGAAGAUUUGUGACACUGAGAGCGAAGCAUGCACUCCUUCUUGCUCUGCUCGAAGACGGAGAAGCAUCGAUGAAAGCGAACUUAUCCAUGCUACAGCACGGUUUAAUACUCGAAAAGAGCAACCAAGAAUCUCCCGAUGGGAAGCUAUUAUCAGAGGCUAA